AUGAAUGCGAGGUUCGCCUUAUCGCGGGUGCGUCCUUUAAAGACGCCGGCACUCGUGGGGCUCCCAAGGCUGGUAACGCGCCUCAAAAGAUAUGAGGCCUUCGAUGCCCAACUGGAUAACGAUGCGCUUGCAGAGUCGCGAGCCUGGUUUGACCAGUUCGAUGCGUCACAGCUCCCCAAGGGCAGCACGACAUUUGCCAGAUCUAGUGGGGCUGGCGGACAACACGUAAACAAAACCGAAACCAAGGCGGUCACAGCCUACCCACUUAAAGAUCUAUUUGCCAUUCUGCCCAAAGUGCUACACUCUGCUCUGCGAUCUUCGAGAUACUACACAGCAAACAAUGAUUCUCUCACGUUUCAUGCUCAAACGCAGAGGUCGAGGACGCUGAAUGCAGAGGACAACGGGCGGAAGCUCAUGGAUGAGAUCACUCGCAUCUACCGGGAAAAUACACCCUCUGAGACAAGUGAAGAAAAGAAACAAAAGUAUAAAGAAGUUGCGCAACGAUUCCAUAACUCUCGGCUAAUGUCGAAGAAGGCUCAUAGUUCGAAAAAGCAAUCAAGGAGAGGUUCUUCGGAAUACUAA